UAAAGUUAGAGUAGAGAGUGAGAGCGAAUGAGAGAGGUAGGCAGGGUAGCAAGAUGGCGAGCUCCUUAACGUGGUCGUGUUGCCUGCGUUUUAAAUUCAGCCCGGAGGAGAUUGAGCAGCGUUAUAAGAGCCAGGAGAUCGACCGGAUGCUGGAGAAGGAUCGGCAGACGUUUCGCCGGCAAGUGAAGCUGCUGCUGCUUGGCGCGGGAGAGAGCGGCAAGUCGACAUUCCUCAAGCAGAUGCGGAUCAUUCACGGAAUCAAGUUCGAGCCUGAACUAAUUAAGGAAUACCAACAUGUAAUCUAUCAGAAUAUAAUAAAGGGUAUGAAGGUUCUAGUAGACGCACGGGAUAAACUAAAUAUUCCUUGGGAGAAUUCUAAGAAUUAUGAUAUCGGUUUUCAAUUACUCAAGUUUGAGAAUACCAUGGUGCUCGACACUAGAUUAUUUCUGCAUUAUGUGCCAGCAUUGCAAAGUUUAUGGACGGAUGCGUCGAUUAAAAGAGCGUUCGAUAGGCGAAGAGAAUUCCAAUUGAGUGAUUCUGUCCAGUACUUCUUAGAUAAUCUUGAUAGGAUUGCAAGAGUGGAUUAUACACCGACACAUCAGGAUAUUCUACACUGUAGAAAGGCGACAAAAGGAAUUUCUGAAUUUGUAAUACCAAUUAAUAAUAUUCCAUUCCUCUUUGUUGAUGUUGGCGGUCAAAGAUCUCAAAGGCAAAAAUGGUACCAAUGCUUUGACUGCGUGACGUCUAUACUUUUUCUUGUAUCAUCAUCGGAAUUUGAUCAGGUCUUGUUGGAAGAUAGGAGAACUAACAGAUUGGAAGAAUCUAAGAAUAUAUUUGAUACAAUCGUGAAUAACAUGAUAUUUUGUGGUGUGUCUAUAAUUUUGUUUUUGAACAAAACGGAUUUACUCGAUAAAAAAGUGAGGUCACAGGAUACAAAUAUCCGUUAUUAUUUUCCACAAUUUGUGGGUGAUCCACAUUCCAUGAAGGACGUGCAAAAUUUUAUCCUCGAUAUGUUCGUCUCGGUCAAAAGGGAUCCAAGGAAACCGUUGUUUCAUCAUUUCACCACUGCAGUAGACACGGAAAAUAUUAAAGUCGUCUUUAAUGCUGUUAAGGAUACUAUUCUGCAUCGAAACUUAGAGUCCCUUAUGCUUCAAUAGUGUAGAAAUGGAGUAAUUAACCAGAUAAACAGCUAGUAAAACAAAGUGAUGUCUUUUUAGAGGUAUAGAG